UAGAGCACUGUGUCUGUGUUUGCUUGAGCAUCUACCUGGAACCCUCCUUUAAUACUGGGGUACAUCAAGGGUUUCCGCAUUCAAUAUACCACAUCCUAUUCACAAUCCUGGGGCUCAUCUAGAACAUAAACAAGAAACACAGGAAGGUUUAAUCUCUGGCCACAGGGAACUUGCUAAGCUGACCAUCUUGUGAAAGCUGAUCUGUCAUGGAUUCAUACACCAUUAACUUCAUCACCUGGAAUGCUAACGGACUUAAGCAAAACAAAUAUCAGAAAUUUCAAGAACUUCAAUGCGCUGAUGUUGUUUUCUUACAAGAGACACACAUUGGAGCAGGAGAUGAACAUGUUAUAGAAUGUUUAAAAGAUCAGUGGAAUGUUUUCUAUACAAAGUACACUUCUUCCAGCAGAGGAACUGCCAUUCUAGUCAGAAAGAGUCUAGAUUUCAAAUGUUUAAGUGUCGAGAAAGAUAAUUGUGGUGAAUAUGUUUUGUUGAAAUGUGAACUGGAAGGUUGCCUGUACACUCUGGUGAGUGUUUAUAACCAUCAGACAGACACAAAAACGCUUGAUUAUCUUUCAAGAUACCUGCAGUCAAUGACCAGCGGGCUGCUGGUGAUUGGUGGAGAUUUCAACACAUUUCUCAAUCCGUUUAUCGACAAAAAAUGGAACACAGGCAAGAUGACAAAAAACAGAACACACAAUAAACUGCUCUUAUGCGUGGAGAAUUUCAUGGAAUCUCUUCAGCUGGCUGAUGUCUGGAGAAGAAAGAACCCUGUAAAGCAGGAUUUUACAUUCUACAUAAGAGAUCGUCCAGUGUCCAGACUGGAUUACUUCUUCAUUCCAGAUGAAUGUAUGUGGCGUGUAGGAAGUUGUGAAAUCAUGAAUUCAAGGUUAGGAGAGCUCAAAGAUCACCAACCUGUGUCUUUAGAGAUCAACUGUGUGUCCACAGUGCCUCUUCUGAUAGAUCAAACACAGUCACUCCUCAAACUAUUUAACUGCAAAAAAAUACUUUUGACUGAUGAAACUGGUUCAUCACAGAGUGAAGAAAGCUCACCUGCAGUCAGUGAAGUUGACAUUGUGUCAGCGGUUCAGUCUCUUCAAGUGUCAGACACUGUAAGACCAGACGACAUCCCAGUUUCCUUCUAUAAAGACAACAUCCAGGAUGUAAUUCCAUACAUAAAGAUGCUCUAUGGCGGAAUCCACAGGGGUGAAGUUAACUGCUCUGAAAUGUAUUUUCAAGAUCCACAGGAUGAUAUUCCUCACUUUUUUAAUGCUGACUACCUCAUCAUUGCAACUAUUCUGGCAAGACGUCUUGAUGAUUUAUUGACGCCUCAGUCAAAAGGGAUGAUUAAGGAUUCAGCAACUGUUAUGAUCACUCCUAAAACAAUCUGCACUGAAGCAAUGCUCUGUUGCCUAAAGGAUGAAAUUGAGGACUCACAUUCAGUUCUUUAUCAAGACUUUCUGCUUGUGGAAAAAAUCCUCAGGGAUUCAAAAUUCAAAAAGUGUCAGGGCUGCCCAUUGAAGCCAGUACUCACAGCUUUAAAGCUAAAACGCUACGCCUUAAAGUUGUGUAAGAAUGUAGAAAAUUAUGCAGUGCAUGUUUUCAAGACAAAUGUGAUCAUUUGCAUCCCAUCUGAAGACCUAGAUGAGAUACAUGCUAUGGAAAACGACACCAAUGAAGAAUAUAUUAUAACAUUAUUCAGAGGACAAAGCAUUGAGGGUAUUGAGUCUGCAAGUGAGGAUUAUGAUGGAUUGAUGGAGGACACAGAAGACAAUUCACAGUGUGAAGACAGCGACAAUGGGUCAAAUGAACAUGAGGGAAAAUCUAAAUCGAUUGAAAGUGAUGGAAGGAUGACCAUGUAUGCAGUUGUAACCUUAAAAGAAUCAGAAGAGGUGAUGGUGACAGCAUCAAACUGGUUGAGCGCAGACAAAAAACAAUGUUACUGGCCUCCAUACAGAUCAACAGAGAAAUUCAUGGAAGCUGUUCGGAAAGGCUUAGCACCUCAAACAGGAGAGAAAUCUUGGGAGAAAUUAGCUGUCCUGUUUCAUGGAGAAUAUGGCACUUAUGAGGAGGCCAAGAAAAAACUAAAAGAAAUGAAUGAGCAGACAGAACAAGCAGCCACAGCAGUGAAUCAAGUAACAGGAACCUGUCCACAGUCUCCUGGGCCAUCACAGUCAGGAAUUAUACGGGGUGCCAGUGGCACUAAAAGAAAGCGUGAUUCGAUGGAUUUACAUAUGAGUGCUAAAUCAUAUUCAGAUGAGGAAAUAUUGAAUAUGGCAAAAAAGAUCAUGAUUGAAGUUAAUGUUAAACUUCAAAGCAUUAACAGCACAGACCAAACAACAAAUGACUUAAAAAACACCAUUUUAGAUGGCAUUGCAAAAAUGAAUGAGAUGGAUAAAGACAAAAGAAGAAAGGAAACCAUAGGUGUUUUUGGAAAAACAGGAGAAGGAAAAAGCUCUUUAUUAAAUGCAGUGUUGGGAUUACAGGGUCUGCUGCCAUCUGGUAGUCUUGGUGCCUGUACAGGAGUUAUUAUUCAAGUGGAAGCCAAUCUGGAGGACUCUGAAUACAAAGCUGAGAUUGAGCUCAUCUCUAAAGAGGAAUGGGAGAAUGAGAUUGCUUCCACUGAUGAAAGGACUGAAACAGAUAAUGAAAGGAUCAUUGCAGUGUAUGGGGCUGAUGCCGAUAAGAAAUCACUGGAGGAGCUUAAGAACGAUGCCAAAUAUGCUGAAAUUGAUUACUUUUUGUCUACCAAGAAAAAAACGAUUUCGCACACUGAUCUCUUUGACUUUCGCCGUGAUGUUAAAAAUCUUGUUCAGAACAGUGAGGAUAGUCCUGGUGGCUUGUACUGGCCUCUUAUGAAGAGUGUGACCAUCAAGAUUCCAAAACGUCAAGACCUUCUGGAACACAUUGUGCUUUUUGAUAUUCCUGGGACUGGAGACUGCAACAAGAUACGAGAUGAUCUGUGGAAAUCAAAAGUGAGAGAGUGCUCUUCUGUGUGGAUUGUAAAUGGUAUCAUUCGUGCAAUCAGUAGCAAAGAGCCCUGGAGCAUAAUCGAGCACUGCAUCCAAGACUUGGGACCAGCAGGACAAUGCAAAAACAUAAACUUCAUCUGCACCAGGACUGAUGACAUUGAUAUAAAAGAAUAUCAAGCAUCUGCACAGCUCUCUGGAGACCAAUUUUCCCCAGACAAGAAUCUGAAAACAGCGUGCAUACAUCAUAGGAACGACCGUGCCAAGGAUUCCAUGAAAAAGAAGUUUGAAACCAUGAAACCAAAAGACAGAUUCAUCGCUGAUGUUUUUACAGUCAGCUCCAGAGCAUACUUUGAUAAUGAUCUACAUCUGGAUCAAAAUGAAACAGAAAUCCCAAAGCUGCAGGACCUUCUCAAAAACACCAACAAGAUCAUUAAGAAGGAACUGACCAGAGAAUAUGUCAAUCAAGCAAAGGGAGUUUUGUUCUUCAUCCAAAGCAUCAAACUAGAUACAAAUGAAGAAAUGGCUAAGAUUAAAGCUGCAGUUCGUAAAGAUUACUGUGAGAGCUUUGAAAAAGCUCUGAGGGAACUGAAUUGUCGAUUUGAUUCACUUCACGAGAUUAUGGAGCAAUGUCUCUCAAAAGGAGUGGAGAAAUCAGUGGAACAGUGUGUCAGUACCACAAAGCCUGUGAUUGCAUAUGUGAAACCAUCUGAUAAAACUCUUCAGGCAUUGUGCAGGAACAAAGGAUAUUACUGGCCAAAAAACAAGGAUGCACCUGUAGAUCUAAACAAGUGCUUGGCCAAACACAUCUACGACAACAUUGAUGAGGAGUUCAACUUGAUAUUCCCGCAGACCAUGUAUGCAGUUGUGACUCUGCAAGACUCAGAUGAGGUGAUGGUGGUGUCAUCAAACUGGUUGAGCCUCGAUAAAAAGCUAUGUUACUGGCCUCCAUUCAAAUCCACAGAGAAGUGUACUGAAGCCGUUCAGAAAAAACAUGAGCCUGAAACAGGAGGGAAACCAUGGGAGAAACUAAACGUUAACUUUCACAGAGAAUAUGUCACAUUUGAUAUGGCAAAAAAGGGGGAAAAAGAAAUAAAAGAACAGAAGGAACGAUCAUAUCUAUUAGCCACCGGAUUCUCUGGAAUAAAGAGGCAAAGACUUGAAAACUUUCAAGGAAUUUCAAAUAAUCAGCUUCAAACACUUGCUCCAGUGACAUCUACACCUAUAUCUAGAAUGUCAACUGAUGACAAAGCUGAAAUCCUCGAAAUGCUGAGAGACAUCAAGAGCACAGUUCAGCAAAACUCUACCAUGUUAAAUAAACUAAUGAAAGACAAUGCAGUUUCUGAAGCCCCCAGCAGCAGCACCAAUGUGCCUCCUAAAGAGAUGAACAAAACUACAAACCUAAAAUUACCAUUAAAAACCUUUGACGAUGUGGCCAGGAUUGAAAUAGAGCUCAGUAAUGCAACAACGCGCAAAAAAUAUGUAAAAUAUCUGUCAGAACUUGGAGGCUUUGGGCCAAAAGAUGUUGUUAAGAACAUAAUGCAAAGUGUCCUAACAGAUGAUCUGGCAAAGGAGUUCAACUGGCAGGGCAGAGGAGAUAAAAAGGCCUUCUCUCAGCAUCUUUUAGCAGAUGUGAUCAGAGAUGCUGCAUUCAAACGAAGCGUAAUCAGGCUGGAAUGUGAAACGGAAAUUAAAAAGUAUCUUAGUUACAAAGCUCAUCUAGCUGCUCGGAAGAGACCAAGACAAGAAGAAGGUCCUGUGAUUGAGAUUCUAGAUAUGAUUUCUCCCACACCCAUUGACGACGACGAAAUUAAUUGGGACAUUUUUGAUUGAGUUUUUGAGUCAGUUAUUGGUUAUGAAGAUCCAGUUACACAUUAAACAUCCAUUUAUGAGACAUGUGUUAUUUUGACAUUACUUAAUGAAUUAUUAUGAUUUUGGCAUUACCUCCGAAAUAUAAGAACAAACAAUAACAUGUUGUAAAUAGGCUUUUAAAUAUAUUUGUCAUGUUCAGUGUUUUAUUCAAUUCAAUGUUAUGAUUUUCAUUUAAAACAAACCAAAAUUACACUCAAAUACAGUAACAGAGUCAAUUUGUUUUCUUGCAAACCAAGUACUUGUAAUGUGUGACAGUACUGUCCACAACAUUGGUUAUGUAAGAGUCUAAAUUAUCAUAUGCAUUUGUUUAUAUGGCAAAACAUGUCUUCUUCACCAAAGAAAGUCCAUACUGACUCUAAAGGCAGAUACUGAUUAGAUCAGGGCCUGGUGUGUGGACUUUUGGGGUUUUGCGAUGUGGUCACAUGUACAUUGGUAAGUUUGAAUGUCUCAGUAUUUGGGCUUUGGUCACAUGGUCAAGAAAGAUACAACACAGAUGUUAAACUCUGUCUCGUUUCUUGCUCUGCACUUUUCCUGCUCUCUCUCUCCCACUCCCUGUCUCUCUCUCGCUCUCUCUCAGGUAACUUUAUUGUUACAUUUAAGCUGGGUACAAUUAUUGUUAUAUGUUUUUUAUCAUUUCAUUUUUAAUCCUUUUGUACAGUUAUUUUAUAACUAAUUCAGUUGAAACCAUAGAAAAUUACUGUCAUUAAAU